GGUCACGCGGGCCGGCGUUGACACUUCCGGGUGGGACCCGAGGGCGUCGCGGGGACAGGGGCUCGCAGGGCCUGGCAGCUCCGGCGGCGACCAUGGCGUACCACGGCCUCACGGUGCCCCUCAUUGUGAUGAGCGUGUUCUGGGGCUUCGUCGGCUUCUUGGUGCCUUGGUUCAUCCCUAAGGGCCCUAACCGGGGAGUUAUCAUCACCAUGUUGGUGACCUGUUCAGUUUGCUGCUAUCUCUUUUGGCUGAUUGCAAUUCUGGCCCAGCUCAACCCUCUCUUUGGACCACAGCUGAAAAAUGAAACCAUCUGGUAUCUGAAGUACCACUGGCCUUGAGGAAGAAGACAUGCUCUAUGGUGCUCAGUCUUGGAGGUCACAAGAAGAGAAUUCUUUCUAGAUGGGAGGUCACCUCCACACCCAGACCACCUUUCUUGCCUUGCCUGUUUUGCCGUCUGCUGCCUUAAAUGUUCACACCACGUUGAGUGUCUUAUUCCACAAUGCAAUGUUUCUUCCUUUGCCUUUUUCUACACUUCGAUGUGCCUACAUAUUCUAAACUGUACCUGCUCCACAAGAUGGUGACGCCCUCUCCUGAGACAGGAUGUUCUUCUGAGAAACAUGCUGCUCUCUCCUCAGAAUCUGGAUUUGAAGAUGGAUCCUGUCUCCUCACCACAUGAGAGUCAGCGAAGUGUUUAAAAACUGCUGCAAGACAAACAUGCUCCAGUGUACCAGUUAGGAGAGCAUGCUCAGAGGACUGUCCCAGCAGAGACACCAAACUUUGUUUUCAGGGUGAAUUUCUUAUUUCUGCCAUCUUUUGGAAUAAAUUAUUUUUCUGCUUUCUAUGGAAA